AGCGCCUGAACAAAAGUAAGCGUCAUAAGUCGUCCGGCAUUUACACGCUGAGGCUAAAUAAAGCGCACAAUUGGUAGAUGUGGACUCGAUACCACGAGGAAACGUACAGAUCCUGGUUCGACGAAGGGAGUAAACAUCGGUUAGCGAGAACGAUCUAUAAGAUGUAUCCUGAUUGAUGUCAGGUCUUAUUUACAGAGCACUCACAAAAUGCCGACUCUUUAGACCCCGUAGGGCUUGGGCCUAUACGCAGCGAUUCCAACCCUCAUCCCUGUCCACGGCGAUGCACCUGCCAGCAACUCACAACAAAAAGUGACAUCACGGCAGUGGCGUCUCGGGAUUGGUCAGUGGUGACUCGAUCAGCCGGGAAGUAGCGAUACGACUGCAAAGUACAAGCUGAGCUCGCUCGACAGUCGGACUCAGACGUCAACAGCCUCAGCCGGUGAAAGACAGCAGCCGCUCGGCAGCCGCUGAAGGGGGUCGUGGAUUACCGUCCAAUAUCAGCAAAGGCACCCCGCCUGCGAAUUUUGUAAGCCAUCAGUAUAACGCCAACCGACAAGGGAACCACUGAAGAACCUCGCCAACGGGGAAAUUCAAUCGAUGGAGACAAGUCCUCGAGCCGCUGAGUGAUUGGACACCACAUCGUGGAGAUCUACACAUGUUGCUGCCUUGCAGGGAUUUUACCGUUUUUGAAGCCUGCUCUUUGGCCUUGACGACGCAACACUUUUAAAAGCACCGUACGUUCAGGACAGGUCGUUUAUACAGUAUACCUACUACGCUAUUUCAGACAUCGAACAAGUGAAGUCUGAACAGCAGAUGAAGCAUCUUGGUACCACGGACGCGGUGUUAUCCACACGUCUUUCAGACAAUCAAACAGCUCACAUUUGUCGAAUUGAAAGUUAGACAGUGGGUAGACACAUAUUUUUAAGGCCUUUGAAAUUUUGUGUUUUGAAGUUUCUGUGGGCAAAUAUUAAGUGUUCCUUUCACAGCGCAUAAUGGAAGGCUCCUAUUUAUAUUAUUCUUACAACCUAACAAACACCACCCAUGGGGAUUCGACAACCCAUCCUCUUAGACUUGGCGUUGCGGUGUUUGUUGUCAUAUUGAGUCUAGUCGGUCUCGUGGGCAAUGUCUGUAUGGUGUACGCCAUUCUGGGGCACCGACACAUGCGCACCUUGCCCAACGUGCUCAUUUUGAAUCUGGCGGUGGCCGACCUGCUCUACAUCCUUAUUACCACGCCCAUCCACACCCGGCACGAGCUCAACCCGAACUGGCACCUGGACGAGGCAGCCUGCAAGGUCAAGAACUACCUGGCCUUCGUGGCGCAGCACGCCAGCGUUUUCGCGCUUGCCGCCCUCAGCCGCGAGCGCCACACUGCUAUCGUCGGGGGGAUGGAAGCGCGCCACCGGGGAGCCGUCAUGUCUUGGUUGUCCAGCAGCCGAUGCGCCGUGUCCACGCUUUGGUUGGCUGCUCUUACCGUUAGUGUCCCAACCUUGGUCUUUGCUCAUGUGCAGGAGAAACAGUGCCGAUAUUCGUCCAGCGAUCCCACUCUGUCAAAGGCCUACGAGUGCGUGCAUUUCUUGGUGGGCUAUCUCAUACCAUUAUUCAUCGUGGGAAUCUACUAUAUGAGGAUCGCUGUUUCGCUGUUCCGGAGUACGCACAGUUUUCAGAAUGAGUAUAUGGGCGACGCCAUGGCCAAGCAAGUACGUGUUCGUAAGCGCCUUGCCUUCUCUGUGCUCGUCAUCACCAUUUUCUUCGCUGUCUGCUGGUUCCCGUAUUUCUACUACUACCUUUGGAUCAAUUUCACACCGCAAGAGGACUUCCUUAUUCAACCGUUCCCCCACGGGACAGACAUUUUGCGCUACGUCGGCUUCGUCAUGCCUGUGAUCAACACUGGUCUGGAUCCCUGGAUCCUCUUCGGCAUCAGCUCGCGGCACCGAGCCUGCCUGGUCCGUUGCCUGACUGCGCGCGCGUGCGGCUGUAAAAAAGUCGCGCUCAGGAAAAGGGACAGUCUGAGCAUGCGCACAAUGACGACAUCCCGCAAAGCUGACAAGCAACGAACGACCACCGGAGCUGGUACAAGCUUCUCUCGCCUCUCAAACGCAUGAAAGAUGAAAACAACCACACCCGUAAAUAGACUGGCAGAAAAAGAAAUUUAACAAUCUGUCACUUCUGAUGUCUGCUUCGAGAGAAUUUUUUAGAUUCAGCAUUAGUUACAGGCUGAUUCAGGCUUAGCCUCGAAAAUAUCAGUCUGUCGGCAGUCAUGUGACAAGGCCAGUGCCAAGGCCAGAGUCGUAGAGGUAGACAAGAGGCCGAGUUUCAGAGUACCAUAUUCCAGUGCCUUCGUUUCACAUGGUCCAUAUGUUUUCCUGUUCUUUUUCAGCAGUCGUCGAGACCCAUCUAAAUUCGUUUUAAAAUGAAUGCUCUUUCAUACAAGCAUUCUUAACUCAAAAGAAGUCAUUCAAUUUCGUUAUCUGAACUCUUUUUCGAGAAAUACGUUCAUUCGAAUUCAAGUAGUCGUUUUGUUUUAUUCAUCACAGGCCUUAGGAAGAGGUUGAUGAAGACUUCGAUUUAGUCAAACGUUUCUCACGUGUGUGAAUUCAAUUUCGUUCCUAUAUUGUACUCUUUCUGUUUCUCACGUGUGUGAAUUCAAUUUCGUUCCUAUAUUGUACUCUUUCUGAUUCGUAUUUGUAAAUAAUGGUGAUAUUUCAACUGUGGAUCAUGAUAGGCCUACAGCUCACUGACUUUGCACCAAAAACGGGCGGCCCGUGGUCCUAUUGUAUACAUAAAAGUGAGCAUUACAGAUAUGGAGGGGUCUGUGAACGCGUCUGAGGGCAAUGCAACAGAAUACGGUACAUCUAAAUGGCUGGCACACUUGGUAUCAAGAGAAAUAAUUUUCUUCAGAUCGAUAAGUGGCCGUAUCAGGUUGUCACGAUAAGUUGUCGACUGGAGGAGCGCAUAAUACUCCAGUAAAUCAAGAGAUAUGAGACGAGUUAGAACGUCUGCUGAAUGGAAAUCCAUCUUUUACUCUGAAACGGAUGGAAGGUGCUCUGCAACAAGCUCUGCCAAACCUACCGUUUCUAGCAGCACCAUCGCUAGAACCGGUACGGCACGCCUGUGACCCUUAAAGGGUAGCUGCAAUCAAUGUUUUUGAUUAUAAACAUGUGCAAUGCACCUUUGUACCUCAGUAAACAUUAUUUUCAAUUUUGGUUUCACUUUU